AUGUCCACGCAAUCAACAUCCAUUCUCAUGGCUUUCUAUCAUGUUACAGCGAUUGAGGACUGGACUUGUGCUAAUAUUACGAAUUAUUAUCAAGAAAAAACGGGGGAAAAAGAAAGGAAGAAAGUACUUGAUUACAUAAAAAAAGAUAUCGGAAAAAUAUUAAAUUCUGAUGUUGAUUUCGAUAUAUUGCGUAAAAAUAAAGCACAAAAAAUUCUUGAUAAUUGGAAGCUGGGACUCUUUGUCGCCAGUGAUGAACUCUUUGUUCGACACUUAGUGCAAGCUGGGACUCCUUUGCAAGCUGGACUCUUUGUCUACAGUGAUGAGCUUUUAGUUCGACACUUCGCGCAAGCUAAUUGGUCUUCACCAAAGAGUUCAGAUUCAGAUCUAGAUUCGCAUACAUGUGUGAAAAUUGGACAUUUACAGAUAGAUCGGCUUGCAACUGAUUCUGCGACUCAAGUCAACAAUAAUGAUUGUAAAGAUAUAAAUUUUGCAUGCGAUAUUACGAAGGGAACUGAAGACGGUGUGAGAAAUAUUAAUACGGAGAAAAAGGAAGUACCAAUUGUAUAUAUCCAACCAAAAAAUUUAAAAAGAAAGUGGGAUGCCGAUAAAGAAAAUUUGGAAUUAAAUGGAGGUUCAAAUAACAACAAUAUAAAAUCAACGGAUUUGGAAGAUUUGGAGCUUAAUAAUGAUAUAAAUAUUGGAGAAAAUGAAAUUUCGGAUUUUUAUCCGCUAAGUGAUGAAGAAUCAGAUAUCAAUGAGGUAGAAUCUGGUAGUGAGUCUCCCGUACAAAAAUAUCCGAAUGUAGAUAGUCCGAAAGAUGAUUGGCUCUUACCUUCAGGAAAAUCAGUAAGAAGUAUAAUCUAUGGACAAAAGAAUCUUCACAAAUCACAUCCGUCACAUUUUGGAAUAAUACGUAUUGGUGCCAAAGUUCGUAAGCCCGAAUGGAUAGAGGAUAAAGAUUGGAACUAUUUGACUUCAAGUGUCGAAUUCCCACACUUUAAAUUGUCAUCUAACACAGAAGAAUUACUAAAGUUACUUUUAGAUACUGACUCUUUAACCGAAUAUAAGAAAGUCAUUCGUGAAGCAAAAUAUAAAAAUGAUAUCGAUGCAGAAAUGGAAUUUGUUACAGAUGUUCUUUGGUGGUUUACCAAUAAUAUAUUUAAUACCGCAUCUGCUUUUCACGGUAUACAUAAAAACGAGGCGCUUUUAGGAUCAUCAAUGAUUCACCCAAUAUUACAGUACCUCAUGAAUACAACCGACCGUAUUACAUAUAUUCCUGGUGAAGUUUAUCUAAAAGCAAAUGCUAAUCAAAGAUUAUUGAGGCGUAAUUUAAAAUCUGAAGACGACAAACCUUUAGGUAUGAAGGUGGACGGUAUAUUUCAUACCCCAGGAAAUAAAGGACUUGAAAUUGGAAUGGUUGAGUUAUCAGGUGGUUAUUUGACUUCGGACAUGCCUCGAUAUGUAAAAGACCAUGUUAAAGGUUGUUGGGGGUGUCGUGAUAUUCUAAAUGAUAUUGUGAAAAAAUACAAUCGCGGAGAUUAUAAAAUUUUGAGAAAGUUACGUACAUGGUUCUUUCACAUACAUGGACAAGAGGUACAGGUGUGGGGAAUGGAUCUGCCCGUUUCAAAAGUUUAUAGAAUGUUUUUAAUUGGUACAUUCUAUUUGCCAAUUAAUUGGGAUGAACAUUAUGAAUUGGUGCAUGCAUUAAGAAUUUUAUGUAAUUUGGGAAGAGGCUUAGAUAACUCCUUUAAGCUACUCGAAGAAUUUAAAAAAUCACAUCGUCGCAAUACCGCAUUGCAUUCACGGUCGUCGAUAUUGAAAGACUAUGUUAGUAAUGUAAACGAGAGUUCACCAUUGAAUCCAACCGGUAAAAGAGCUCGAACAAUAAAUCCUCAUUCUCUUACACCUAAUGAUCAUGGUGAUAGUAAUGAUAACGAUCCACCUUCACCGUCUCCAUCGGG